AUGCCACCCUACGACGUCUCCUCCUCGACGUCUACCUCAGUCACCUACUCCCCUCCUCUCUCCCAACCGCUCCCACACCACCGCCUCGCCGACCCAUCGCGCCUCGACCCAUCUCGUCUCGACCCCUCCAUCUACUCACCCCCGCGCCGUCCGCGCGACAGCAGUACCUCGCUGAACGCCCUCCGCCUCCAAGAUGCUACCAACAGCUCCCUCCGCCCCCCCUCCGCCCACCGCACCCGCAAACCACGCAUCCGCAGCUCCUCCCGCCGGCGCAAACCCCCCGUCUGGCGCAAACUGCUUUGGGUAAAGCAAUCCUACCCCGACAACUACACAGACGCGGCGACCUUCCUGGACCACUUGCAGCGCAACCCGCGAUUGCAGCCGUACGAGUUCUGGCAGCUGGUCGGCGAGGCGACGGUGAUUGUGCAGCAUGUUGCUGCGGUAGCCGUGUUUGCGUGCUGUUUUGUGGGGAUCUAUGCCGAGAGGGCGAGUCCGGUUGCAGUUGUGGGCGCGGGGAGUGUUGGGACGGUUGUCGGGUGGGUUAUUUGGGAUGGGUGGGUUGGGAAGGAGGAGGAGGCUGCUGCUGCGGCUGCGCUAAGGGAGGCUGCGACAAAGAAGAGCGUAGUGGUAGAUGGGGGAGGCGGGGAUGCCGCUGAGGAUGGGAGCUCGACUAGCUCUGGAAAUGGAGAGCUGGCGGGGAAUGUAGCUGAUGCGGCACCACGGCAGUCUCUUUCGCACAGCGCAAGCGCGACGUCAGUGAAUUCGCUGGCGAAUGGUACAAGCCAUCCGACGGGCGCGCCGAGCUUCCCAGCGUAUAGCUACCAUCCGCCGUACGGGGACCCUGUAUCUUCGAUCUCGCCCCGGAAUCAGCAGAGGCUGGCGACGGCGAAAUCUGCGGUCCUAAUCUACUGCGCGCUGCUGGGGCUCAGCCCUAUACUCAAGAGUCUGACCAAGUCUACCACGAGCGAUUCGAUCUGGGCGAUGAGCUGCUGGCUCAUGUGCAUCAACGUGUUCUUUUUCGAUUAUGGAGGCAGUGUGGGAGCGAAGUUUCCGGCCUCGCUCUCUACAAACGCCGCUCUCAUGGCCUCCACUGUACUUGCCAGCCGUCUCGACAGCACAACCUCCGUCUUCUCUCUCCUGCUGUUCUCGAUCGAAGUUUUCGGCCUCUUCCCUGUCUUCCGUCGCCACCUGCGCCAUGUCUCCUGGCAAGGCCACGUGACGCUCACGAUCUUGCUCGUCAUGGCCGCCAGCGGCGGCGUUGGCGUUACUAUCUCGGGUGGCGGAUGGACAGCAGCGGUUGUUGGAAUGGUGCUUGGAAGUAUACUGACGGGAUUGAGCAUGGGCAUCUGCAGUUGGUGGCUGAUCGGGCUCCAGAAGUACAAGAAUGAGAUCUAUGGGCCCUGGGAUCCUGCAAGACCGGUUAUUCGGAGGCGGUGGGAUUAA